UUGACACAUCAACUAGACACAACUAAUACUCUACCUAUCUCUCCUCAAGUAGAGGACUUAACAACUCAUCCUGAAUCUGCUCAUUUAGCCCAGCAACAACACGAAACUCUUCCAGUGGAAGCCUUACCUUCAUCAAUAUCUACUUCUGUUCCCAUUCAGAACCUACCUGUUGACGAAAGUAGCAUCAAGUUCUUUGCCGAUCCGCAAAGGAUUACAGUGGCACUCUCUCGAGCCAGUCACGGUCUCUUUAUUAUUGCUGAUUUUCCCAUGCUGUUGAAAUAUGCCACGUGGCAAGCAUAUUUACGCCAUGCUACACAAGAAACUCCUAUUGUGAGUAGCCGUUAUAUCAAUGCCCUAUUCGAGAGGACUCAUCGUGAUCAUCGCAAUAUGCUGGUUGAUGAACGUGGCCAUUCGUUUCUUCCACCCGACACCAUGGGGAUCAACCGCAAAUGGCACCGCUAUUAG